CCGAUGACGACCAGGACGAUGAGCCCGACAGAUUGCAAUCCUCGACCUACGAAGCGUCAGCGUCGCGACAGUACAUCCAAUGUUUCCCCUGCUGUCGACGGCAACUAUCCUUCCCCCUUGAAAGCGACGGCCAUGGUGCCUACGCCUUCAUGUCUCACACCAUUACCCCCCUCUCUCCUGCUCGUUUCGCUUCCAGGCAUCCUGAUACAUCCACCGACGCAUCGGCAUCACGCACAAUCUCUAUGCCUAUCUCUUCUUGCCCUUCGAAGGUGUCUGAACCUAUCCAAUUUGACUCCAGAGGUGGAAUGCAGAGCAUGGACCGCGAUGGUGGAGAUUGGUAUGCUUGUAAUAGCCGGGGGCUUUAGUCAAAACGAAGACCAUUUAUGGGCGAAAGGCAUCGAAAUUGAGGUGGAGAAAGCUGCGAAUAAAGCACUGAAUAUCGCUCAAAAACACCCGACCCUUCGACUGUAUCGACCCCAUGUAACUUGCUUGACGGCACGACUGCUGCACUGGCAACACAAGUCCAAAUUCUCCCUCACCCUCCUUCGACGUCUGCUGAAUUCGUUCCUACCCUCUGAUCCACCUCAUACGAUUUAUGCGGUACAUCUUACCCUCAUUUCACAUCUUACAACAUCGAAUUCCUCUUCCUCAAUAUCUCGUCCGAAAGAGACGCAGGCACCCCUAUCUGCUAUACAAGCCCUGGCAGACCUCGCCGACAAGAACAGGCACUCGGGCGUCAAACUAUAUGCUCUCGUUCUGAGGCUGAGGACGCUAGUGUCGUCGAAUUUGUGGGAAAGCGUCGACAAUGCCCUGCGCUCUGCAGAGGAGGCCCUGGGAAUAGAUUGUCCAUCGGGGGAGGGCUCAACGGUUGCAGAGAAGCAGGUCCUUAACUCCAUAUCCAACACACCUCGGUCACAAGAAGGUCCUAUAGCCGGUUCACCGAAACAACCAUCUACCCCUACUCCACCGAUGCCAAAGUUCGUUGACAAGCUGGCCGAAAUCAUGGCUAUCCAUACCUUGAUGAUUGGCGUUGUCUUCCACACUUUCGUUGGUAACUUUGCAAGAGCAAGUAUGCGUCUGACCCUCCUCCAUAUGCUGAUGGAUUCUGGGGUCUUGAUAACGUCAGGCAGCGGCGUUGUCGAGAUUACCUUUCCAAAUCCACCGUCGCCUCCUCUACUCAUCCAAACAACUCAUCCGCGUGUCCUUCUCAUUCUUGCCUAUCUCAUCAGCGCCAUCUCAAGGAAAGACCCUGUCGGCCGAAAACCCAAGCGAAAAACCUUUGCCGUCGAAGGUUUGGCAGUAUGGGAGAAGGAGAUGCGCAAGGAGCUUGUUGUUCCUCCCUGGGCUAGCGUUGAUGAUGUGGAGCAGAUGAACCUGACAAUGGCGCGGCUGAAGUGUGACUUGCUUUGCGAGCUUAUCUCAGUUCAUAUCAUGCGGUCUGAGAUUCCGUUUGCUGAAAAACAUCUCGCUGCUUUGACGGCGCAUGCUCGCACGAAAGGACUUUUUGACGCCCUCGCUGCGCGCAUCAUGUUGCAUCAUGCACAUCUUGCACAUACAAAGGGUGAUAUGCAGUUGGCUGGCGAUUCCUAUCGAGCCGCGGCUUACCUCGCAGAGGAUGGCCCCGCUAGAGACGAUUAUGUACGGACGUCUGCUCGUGCUGGCGAGGUUGCCUUGAGGGUUGGUGUAUGGGCUCGAGGUGAACAGGCCGAAGAUAGCUGGGAGGCUAUCACGGAAGAUGGAUUGUCCGUCAUCGACGACUGCCAAAGACAGGGUGGCACUCUGAGGAGUGUAGGUACUCUUAUCGAGGCGUGUCUGUCCUCGGAAAUCCUCAAGGCCAAGAAUUUGUUGAGGUCGGCCAUGAGCAGCACGACGGACUCGAAGGACAACCAUUUGCGCGCAUUAACCUUGGCACUGCUCACGCCGCAUUUCAUGCAUACAGCCAUGGAGCACGCUAUGACCAUGCUAGUGACAUGCGAGCAACUGGCGUCGGGGAUGGGCGCAGGUACUGUGAAGGGCGCGAAAAACACGACAGGAGCCGAUACCGUUGGAAAUGGUCCUCUACGGUUAUGGAUCGCAGAGCGAAAUUUGGAGAUCCACCGAAGAAGGGGUGAUAUGGCUCGAGCCGAAAAACAAGAAGCUGCUAUCGAAGCGCUCAGGAAGGUUGUUCAUUAGUAGCUUACUCAUGCAUUAUAGACUCUCGAUCCCGCAUUAUUUAUUACCGAGACACUCAUAUGUAUCAUGUACUGUAUUAUCACCUUGACCCGCUUGCUAUUGGUAUUGCUUUCUCUAGGUGUCAUGCAUGACAUUGCAAUCUUGAAAGGCCU